AGAGACUUAGCUGACAAUUUUAGUCAUCCUCUUUUCUUCCGAGCUUCAGGAACGGGACUGUAUGGCGACUAUCCGACGCACCAAGGGCGAGUCCAACUAUAAAAGUGAGCUAGUCUUGGAACUUCUAGAUGAUAAAGAUAACCCGUAUCCCCACGUCAUCGUCUCUCCUUAUCAGCCUAUCCAUGGUACAGAGGACUCUAUUCUGCUUGGAGAACUUGCGAUCUUGAUUUCAGCAAUGCGAGGCCGCGCCAACCAGCCAAAAGUCGAAAUGAAGGAUGGGGAUGAAUGGGAAGAACUUUCUUGCUAUGACCUUACAUUUCCCAAGGAGAAGUGCUUUCCUGUUCUGCUUCUUUCAUAUAUAGGCUCUCAGCAUGGAUGUUUGUUCUGUGCCUCCCUGAAUGGGAAUCAUUUGGUGAUCAGGCAAUUGCAUCGCUUGAUUUCUUCUCGCGAGUUCUUCUGAGCUGCCCGGUGCUGAAUGGUGAUGUACAUGAUUGUGGUAGUCAUGGGAAGGCGCAGAAGAAACGUGGCCCCCAGGACGACAUUGAGCCGAUUCGUUAUAAGACAAGGAGGAUCACCCAGCAGGCAGGCAAUGGCAACUAACAUGAAUCCACAAGCCUAGCAGGAUGUCUGUCAGGUUCUCGGGUAGACGGUUUACUUUGCUCCUUAGCUUCAUGCCUCUAAUGCCGUAUCUUAUAUUAGCUAGCUUGCAACACAGAUGUGAUCACCGAUAAUGGUACAUGGUUCCCGAACAGC